UGUGUUGGGCUCAUUUGGAAGGAAGGUUUGGUGUUCUGACUUCCUGGACAGUUGUUACCUAAAGCCUGGAGUGCCUGUGUCAACUGUGGCGGUGCAACUGCCACACCUUCUCUCCCCCUUCUCUCAGGCCUCUCGGUGCACCACUUCUCCUGAGACAAAAGGCGGAGGACCGGUACGUGGAGGUACUCCUCCUCUUCCCUUGCCCCUGCUUGCCUCUGGGUAGCAAGGGGCAAUGAAUUGGAACAUUAGGGGAUGCCCUAGUUGUAUCUGACUCCUGCUUUGCGCCCCACUGCCCAGGAACAAUCCUGGGGUCAAUCGUUGUCUGACAGCCUGGGACGCGUGAACACGAAUCACGGCUCAGGUGGGGUAGCGUGGAAUCCGUGAGUCCAGCAAGUUCUGGGGCUUGCACAACUGGUAGAAAGAACCAGAAGAUUUUGCCAUGCGAGGGGACUGGUAUGGAAAAGUAGCCGUCAGAUCUCCAUCGUCUCAGACCCUAUAACUAGAGAUUCAAAGCGAGUGUUAAUCAGGAAAAUGGAUGAGGCCAGGCUCUUCUCGGUGGUGCGUAGCGGAGGACAAUGAGCAGUGGCCUAGAACUUGAGCACAGGAAGUUCCAUGCAAACAUGUGGAAGACCUUCUUUACGGUAAGGGUGGAGGAGCCCUGGGACGGGUUGCCCAGAGAGGUGGUGGAGGUUAUGACCAGCAUCUCCUCUGGGUUGGGAGGUACUGCCAAAUCCUCGAGGCCCUCUACCAAUGAUAGUGUACCAAGGAUAGUCUACUGUGCUGUGAUCUUCAGGGACGUUUUCAACACAAGCCAUCCUAUUGUUCUGUGAUCUUCAAGGACACUUCCAACGUACAAAAAUCCAGUGGUUCUGUGAUCUUCAGGGAGCCAUGCAACACAACGCAACACAUCCAUUCCAGCGUUGUGUGAUUUUAGAAGCUGGACGUGAGCCAGCAGUGUGUGCUGGCAGCCCGGAAGGCCAAGUGUGUUCUGGGCUGCGUUAAGAAAGAGGUGGCCAGCAGGGAGAGGGAGGUGGUUGUCCCCCUCUACUCAGCUCUUGUGAGGCCCCAUCUGGAGUACUGCACCCAGGCGUGGGGCCCUGUAUGAGAACUGUUGAACUGCAACUCCACCUGUGUGACCGGAAGGGGUGGAGCCAGGCUCCACCUCUCCUAAACCCCAUUUAAGGGCUGACUGCCACGGAGGAAGGAUUGCUCUCUGAAGAUCACUCCUCUUGGAGCCCUUUUGGCGAGCCCAGGACACGGGCCAUUCUAUGAUUCUGUGAGAUUUUCCAGGACCCUUCCAAUGCAGGCAUGACUGGGAAGAGGCAGGGCUGCUGCAGCCCCAGCUCCACCUGACAUGCGAGAAAAGUGCAACAGCUUCUGGAGACCCAGGUGGGACCCCACAGGUGAUGAUCCUCUCGGCACCAAGCGUCCAAAGUGAACUCACCUCCUGCCAGCAGCAGGCUUGGAGGCACGCUACGUGUGGGAAAUAUACUUGGUGCAGGAAAGGGGAUGUCCUUAGCCAAGGUGCUGGAAAGCUGAAGGAAAACAGAUGAAACUGCAGAUCUAUCAACAAAAACCCGCUCUAUGAUUCUGCGUUUCUAUGACGUAAGCACGGGCCCCACGCAGCCCUGGUGCAGCACAUCACAAGAGCAGCAGCCCGCGGGGAGCCGCCACCCGGAAUCUCGGAGCCGUGAGGUCACAAUGCCCCGUCCAAUGGCUGUGCGGUGCUGUGCCGUGAGCUCACAAGGCCUGGCUGCGACGCUGACCUGUGCCGCAGGCUUUGCUCUGUGCGACGCUCACUGUGGCUGCAGCGGUGGUGUUGGAAGCAUGGUGCGAGUGUGGGGAGCCAUGGCCCCUGCCCGCUUUGUCCUCUUCCUCCUACUGAUGGCCAUGUGUUUCCGGGAGACCUGUGCUGCUCCGUGGCGAGCACCGGGAGCAGGUGAUGAACUUGGUGCUCCCUUUCCGGAUGAUCGUUUGGAUCCGGAUUUUGUGCCUGUGCCUCUGGGACAACCCAGAGGCCCUGCUGGUGAAUCAGCAGAACAGAACCCUGCCUCUGAGCCUGAAGGGGAUGCUGGAGAUGUGACUGGAGGAGGUGAUCCAGGUUCCGCUCUGAGCUCUGGGACUGAAAUUCCGGCAGAUCGCAUGGGAGUGCCCCCAGGGAGGGCUUUGCCCGGUCAUGCGUUUCCUCCUGCGCUGGAGCGCAGCUGGAAUCCCAGCGGUCCGGAAAAAGGAAAGGAUGAAUCCAAAAGAGGAAAAUACUCCCAGGGCUCAUCCCGUCUCCUCAAGGAACUGGUGAAGGAAAUGGAGAAGGCAGCGCGUGGAACUGACCAACAAAGUGAGCAGGAUGCACUGCAGGAAGAAGGCAGCCAUCCCACACUGCCAGUCUCGGGCAGAGGAACGCAGGCAGCGCCAACAACUGUCAUGCCAGGGAUGAAUGCUGGGACGAGCACAAAGGCUGCUGUUGGCAGAUCUGCACGAAGGCGCCACAUCGCAGUGAUGGUACUGUUCUCAGCUGUGCUGCUGUCUGCGCUGGUGCUGGCCUGUGGUGCUGUGAUAUGGAUGUGCCAAAAAUACGUAGUGUGCAAGAGAGAAGAGAGAGCAGCAGAGCAGGCUCAUCCUGAUACCAACUAGGAGAGAAUUCCAACUGGAGACGAGGGCAGAACGGAGCUGGGAGAGGCAGCCGAAGAGACUCUUGCCCCAUCAAAGAAGAAUCUCAGCCAUCGUCCCAGUGCAUUCCAUUCUGCCAUCCAAGAGGCCAAAGGUCUUCAAAGUCAUCUGGAAGACUUGGAGCUUGAACUCAAAGCCGUGAAAGAGGUCCACGGGAACAGUCCUGAGUGCUGCUUUCUGUCAGGGGACGGCCCUGAAAGUGAGAGCGGAGAACCAGCAGCAGAGCUUUUGUCCUUCACCCUGCAUUCUCUGGGACAAGCAUCAGCAACUUUUCAAAGAUUCUUAGCUCGGCAUAGCUACAAUCCUGUUGAGGGUCCUAAUGAGGAGCCAGAAAGCGAGCUUCCUCUGACCGCUGGACAACACCUUAACGUCUUUGGAGCUGUGGAUGAGAAUGGCUGGUUUCAGGGAGAGCUGACAGAUGGCACAAGAGGACUGGUCCCAUCCAAUUUGGUUGCGGAGGUUUCAGAUGACGAACUGGAUACAACGAUGCCUCCGGAGCUCUGUGCUCUCCUGCUGGAUACUUGAUGAAUAAGUGGAUGCAGAGAUUCCAUCAUGCAGCAACAUCCUGUCAAAAUUCCUGCGUUACUCCAUCUGCAGGACUACCCCCUGCUCCACUUGAUGUUCAGGUGGAGUGUGUGCAGGACGUGGAUGAGCUCCUUUGGGAACACUCUGAGGUGACUGACAGUGUAACUGCAUAGUCUUGUGGUAUAUUAAACAAACAAACAAACAAACACCACCCACAAUAAAACAACCAACCAACCAACCCAAAAAGCUCUGCUCUUUUUCUUGGAUACACUGAGGUGAUCCUUUUUCUAGCUGAGACUUUGCAAUGAGUCUUGAAGCAGAUUUGAGCCGGUAGAAGUUGGCAGUGAAUGCAUUCCGUUCUCCUGUCAUUUGUCUGUUUCAGCCCCUAUACCAAAGGUGAUCUCCCUGCUUGAUGGAGGGGAAUACCUGUGGAUCCCAGAUGCUCAUAGCUCAGUGGCUUUGAGAGGAGACCUCCCCCCAUGUGAAGUGGUGGAGGGGAAAAGGUGUUUGGGGCCCGCAAAAGCCACAUCUGUGCAAUAUUUUGAGCACUCUAUGCUAUUUAUAGAUUUCCUCUGCCUUCCAGCAGGAGAUGGGAUCACAAAUAUAAAGGAAAAUCCACAGAAAAGUGGUGUAGCCCAAAGUCUCUGUAGAGUCUCUGUGGUGAAAACCAGAAGAGAUGUCCAUGGGGACCUGGAGCAAGGAGAGCACUUCAAGGAGCCUCUGGGAAACCAUCCGGGAGAGAGAGUGAGGAACACCCUGGACAGCAGUACAGUUCGAAAGUGCAUGAAGACCAGAGGAGCAAGGAAGUAUGCCAGAAGAAAAGUCAGAAUCCAUGUGAUGAAUGUGGAAAAAAUUCCGACCUCGUUAACCACCACCGUGUCCACAUAGGAGAGAGACCCUGUAAGUGUUCUGAGUAUAGGAAGGGCUUUUUUAAACAGUUCUCAACUCAGCUCUCACAAGCACAUCCACGGAGGAGACAGACCAUCAAAGUGCCCCAAGUUUGUGAGAACCUUCAAAAGCAGUUUCUCCCUCAUGACCUACCUGCACAUCCUCCCUCUUUGGAGAAGCCUGCAGUGCCCCACGUGUGGGAAGAGCUUCAGCCAGAGCCCCAGCCUGGUCACCAUCUGUGGCUUUGCACAGUGAUGAACCUUACAAAUCCCUUAAGCAGAGGAAGCACUCAGGGGCCAAAGUAAAUCAUGGUCCCCCUUCCUUGCAUGGGAAUAACCCACACUGCUUUCAUUCAACUGGAGACAUAGUGUUGAGUGUACAUGAAAAGGGGAGUCCAGAGCAGGUUAUGGCAAAGACACUGGACACCCUUGAGUGGGUCAUUCUGCUAGGUGGCACAAUUUGGCCACGCCUGUGUGCAGGGAAAUGCCCCGGGGAAGUAACCUCUUCUCACCCCCAGAGAAACCCAUCUGCUGUGUGGCAGCAGGUGAGGACCCAGAGAAAACCUCCGAUGAACUGAGAAGUCACCAGGGAGGAAGAAAGCCUGUCUGCAAGGAGUGUGGGAAGAGCUUCAGCUACAGCUCCACCCUUAGUAGACCCCAGUGAAGCAACACAGGUUAGAGCCUCUUUGAGUGCCUUGACUGCAGAAAGAAGUAUGUCCAGAGCUGGGAGCUCAUUGCUCACCAGUGGAUCCACGUUCAAAAUGCUGUGAAUGUGCAGCCUGCAGGAAAAGCUUCAGGCACUGCUUGAGCUUUGUGAGGUGCCAGAAUGUGUGCAUUGGGGAGAAGCUGUGCAUGUGUGUGCUAACAAGUCCACAUGGCAAGAAGCCUUACAAAUGCCGCGAGUGUGAGAAGGGAUUUGGGCAGAAUGCAGUGCUCCUCACUUGCGGGAGAUGGCACUCCUGGAAGAAGUGCUGCAAAUGUCCCGAGUGUGGGAAGAGCUUCAGGCACAGCUCCAACCUGGUCAAGUACUAGAGGAUCCACUCAGGGCAGAGACCUUAGAAAUGCCUGCAAUGCAGGGAGAGAUUCAUCCUGUGCUCAAACCUCAUUAAACAUUGCCUAAUCCACAUGAAAGGAAGGCCAUACAUGUGUCUUGCCUGCAGGAAGAAUUUUCAGAGCUGGUACCUCAUUUCUCAUGGGAAAACCCCCACUGGAGAGGAUGCUGGAGACCCCACGGAUGGAGGAGACCCAGAUGCUUCUCACCACACAUGAAGAAUUUGCAAAGGAGAUGGCAUCACAGCCACCCUCAGGAUAAGGGACUUACACCCAGGAGCUUCAGAUGGUCUUUUGUUGCUAACAGAAAAAAUUCUCUCCCCAUGCAGUUUUUUUUUCUGCUCUUCCUGCAAGCAGCUUUUUGAACCUGUUUCCUAAGGAAGAGCAGCUGCAUAGAAGUGUUCUGUAUGUCCGUGUUCCCUCAGUAAUUUCUGAGUCUACUGAUGUAUCAGAUAUGAGGGUCAGGAGAGCAGUAAUGUGACUCUUGGAGGUUUACUGAAAAUCACCUUCAAACAGAAGAGAAAAGCCUGCCUGCAAACAUUCAUUGAGCAACCAGCCAAUCCAGUCACCUUUGUAUCAGACCUCAGGGAAGUAAUGUGGAAGAAACAAGCCUUUGAAAUUAAGCUUGGUUUGCUCUGCCCCUCAUAUACCUGAUAAUUGCAUCCCUUGCCUGGCAGAUGGCCUUUCUGUCGGGUGUAGACGAGGAAAGGGGAGGAGGAGAAUAAAGCAGCUGUUUUGUCCCAGA